CCAAUAGAGACUGUCUCAGUUCACCUCCAGUUGCUCGCCACUCCAUUCAUAAACAAAUCACUCCGGCUCAGGACCUCUCUGAGCCUGCUACCUAACAACAACAAGCAGAACUCGAUCUGUAUUUUGAUGUUUUCUCCCUCUCAGCUCGCUCCCUUUUUUGAAACUUCCCUCUCUUGCUUUUCUGCUCAACUUCCCUCCACUGCUCCCUCCCUCCUUUCUUCUCUCUCUCUCUCAGCUUCACUGACACUCUGCUUGGUGUGAAUCUGUCAGAGAAGGAGUGUGCAUGUCUCCAUUGGGAACCCUUUAAAAAAAAAAAAAAAAACUUAGAGCACUCAUUGGGAGUGGUUUUCAGAGUGUGAGAGUGGAGAGAGAGAGAUAGAGAGAGAGGAGAGACCCCUGCGGUGCUGUGAUUUGACUUAACAAACAGCUGAGCUCAGAGCGGUACCUCCUCCAGUGGACUGCCCUGCCUGGGGACAGCGGAGAUUAACCUCAGACUCUGAACAUCAGAGGGAUCCAUACAUCCGAAGCAAGCAGCCCCUGUAGAGACAAACAGCUGGAAAUCUCUCCUCUGAUUUCACAGGGAGGAGACCGACUGCUGGCCGGCAACCUCCCCGGACAGAGAGGGAAGACUUGCCCAUGCGUCUGGGAUCACUCUGAAGAGCAUAGCGUUCCAACAUGAGGAGGGUAACCGUAUCCACGCUCCAUCUGACAGUCACAGUUACAGCUCUCCUGUAUCUCUGCACUGAGCUGCGUUGCCUGGAAAUCACACCCAAAGACAAAGAGAUCAUCCUUCCCAGGGGCUCCUCUCUCACCCUUACCUGCUCCGGCGCGGGGGAGACGACCUGGGAGUUUAAGAGGGAAGAUGUACCUUUUUUCCAACUGGAACAAGGUCAGAACAGUGGCCAGAGCUACCAAAUUGUGCAAAAUGGCACUGGGUCCAGCAUUCUGACCUUGUGGAACAUGAGCUGGAAGCAGACGGGGGUGUAUCAGUGUGUUGAUCAACAGACUGGAGAAACUAAGGAGGUGGUUGUCUUUGUACCAGACCCUGAUGUGUGGUUCAUAGAGAGCUCCCAUGGCAUGGUAACCAAGACCAGCGAGGAAAGCACCAUCCCCUGUGUGGUCACCAACCCAGACAUCAAUGUCACCCUGUAUGAGAAGGACACUGACAUGCCCAUCAAGGGACAGUACAUUCCCAGUGAGGGGUACAAGGCACAGCUGGAGGACAGGACCUACAUGUGUCGUGGGGAGCUGAACGGAACAGUGAAAGAGUCCCAGGCUUUCUAUGUCUUCAGCAUCGUUGUCCCAGAGGCACUUGACGCCUACAUCAACGCGUCAAAGACGGUCCUGAAACAAGGCGAACCGCUGACAGUGAACUGCACGGUGCACGGAGUGGAGCUGGUGUUUUUUUCCUGGGAUAUCCCCAACAGAGAGGCUAUUGAUGUCGAGCCGCUGACGGAUGUCAUCUCCUCUAUGAACAUGCGCUCCUGCCUGAUGUUCCCUCGUGCCACAGUGGCCCACAGCGGAAACUACAUCUGCCAUGUCCACGAGGGUGUCCAAGACCAGACCGCCUCUGCCAGCGUCAACAUCACUGUGCUCGAGAGAGGCUUUGUGGACGUGAAGCCUGCUCAGCAACAAAACAUUUCUGCCAAGUUGCAAGAGAACGUGGAGCUGAGGGUUGAGAUUGAAGCCUACCCUCCCCCUCAGGUCCGCUGGAGCAAAGACGGCGCCACCAUCAAGGGAGACAAAACCAUCACAAGCAGACAAGAGCAUGAGAUCAGGUAUGUCACUAUUCUCACUUUAGUGAGGGUGAGGACAGAGCAGAAGGGCCGCUAUACCGUCACUGUCACUAACGGAGAUGAUACAAAGGAAGUGACCUUUGACCUUGAGGUCCAAGUUCCCUCUCAGAUUAAAGACCUGGCUGACCACCACCUCCCGGGGAAGAGACACUUGGUGACCUGUAUAGCUGAGGGGGUCCCAACCCCGACCAUACAGUGGUACAGCUGUGACAGCAUGCUCAAGUGCAGCAACCAGACGGUGGUGUGGCAGCCGCUGGUACCAGAGCCGGAGGAGCUGAGCAUCCAGACCAACGUGAGCUACAAUGAGACUCGUAAAACCAGUCAGGUGCGGAGCCAGGUGAUCUUCUACAAGCCCCAGCAGGUCACAGUCCGCUGUGAGACCAGCAACCAAGCAGGGCUUGUUGACAGAAGAGACGUCAAACUGGUGUCCAGCACAUUGUUCUCCCAGGUGGCAGUGUUGGCUGCUGUUCUCGCCUUAGUGGUGAUUGUUAUCUUGUCUUUCAUCAUCCUCAUCGCUGUAUGGAGGAAGAAACCUCGCUAUGAGAUCAGAUGGAAGGUGAUAGAGUCUGUGAGCCAGGACGGUCAUGAGUACAUUUAUGUGGACCCCAUCCACCUGCCCUAUGACCUGGCUUGGGAAAUGCCACGAGACAACCUGGUGCUGGGUCGCACUCUUGGAUCAGGAGCCUUUGGCAGGGUGGUCGAGGCGACUGCGUAUGGUCUCACUCAUUCCCAGUCCAGCACAAAAGUGGCAGUGAAAAUGCUGAAGUCCACAGCCAGGAGGAGUGAGACUCAGGCCCUGAUGUCAGAGCUGAAGAUCAUGAGCCACCUGGGUCCUCACCUCAACAUUGUGAACUUGCUUGGAGCUUGCACUAAACAUGGCCCUCUGUACCUGGUGACUGAGUACUGUCGCUAUGGUGACCUGGUGGACUACCUGCACAGGAACAAGCACACCUUCCUGCAGUAUUAUGCCGAAAAGAACCAAGACGACGGCUGCCUCAUCUCAGGGGGAAGCACUCCGCUGAGCCAGAGGAAAGGCUAUGUGUCUUUUGGAAGUGAGAGUGAUGGAGGUUACAUGGACAUGAGUAAAGACGAGCCCUCAGUCUACGUGCCCAUGCAAGAGCAGAUAGACACCAUCAAGUACGCAGACAUCCAACCUUCUCCAUACGAGUCCCCCUACCAGCAAGACAUCUAUCAGGAACAAGGUGGCGGCAGGUUAGACCUGGUCAUCAGUGACUCUCCCAUUCUCACCUACGAUGAUCUUUUGGGCUUCAGCUACCAAGUGGCAAAGGGGAUGGAGUUCCUCGCCUCCAAGAAUUGCGUCCAUCGAGACCUCGCUGCCAGGAAUGUCUUGAUCUGUGAGGGCAAACUGGUGAAGAUCUGUGACUUCGGCCUGGCCAGAGACAUCAUGCAUGACUCCAACUACAUCUCUAAAGGCAGCACCUUCCUGCCCCUGAAGUGGAUGGCACCAGAAAGUAUUUUCCAUAAUUUGUACACCACCCUCAGUGAUGUGUGGUCAUACGGCAUUCUUCUUUGGGAGAUUUUCACACUGGGAGGAACCCCCUACCCUGAUUUGCCCAUGAAUGAGUUGUUCUACAGCGCUUUGAAGAGAGGCUACCGAAUGGCCAAACCUGCCCAUGCCUCUGAUGAAGUUUAUGAUAUUAUGAAGAAGUGCUGGGAUGAGAAGUUUGAGAAGAGGCCUGAGUUCUCCUUUCUGGUGCACAGUGUGGGGAAUAUGCUGACUGACAGCUAUAAAAAGAGAUACAACCAAGUCAACGACAACUUCAUGAAGAGUGACCACCCGGCAGUCGCCCGCACCAAACCCAGACUCUCCUCACCCUUUCCGAUUGCCAACCCAUCAUUUGGCUCCCCCUCCCCCAUCAACCUCCCCUUCCCCCCGGACCCCUACAACCAGAGCCUGAGCCCUGGAGACUUCAGACAAGAGGCAGGCACGCAGGAAGUUAUAACUUCAUACAACGAGUACAUCAUUCCCAUCCCAGACCCCAAGCCGGAGGAAGUUUUCACUGACGUGCCGUCGGAAAGCCCUGCAAGCUCUGUGGCUCUGGAGGAGGAGACCGACUCCAUGUCUCAGGACACGGCAGACACUCUUCCAGAGGAGGACAGGCUGGAGGAGACCAGCGAGAGAGACGCUCUGCUGGGCUCCUCUGGGACGCCCGAGGUAGAAGACAGCUUCCUGUAGCCACGUGUAGGAAACCCUGAGAAAACAGAGCCCUUUUUUUGGGGGAUUUUUCUUUUCUCCCAACAUGCCUGUACAAGGGAACGUGACUAAACUAGAAUGUAGCAAAAUGGAGACCAAGAAGGCAAUCUUUGUAUUUCCACUUAGCACUCUAAAAGUUUUGCCCUUCUUUGAGUUUUUGUUUCUGACUUGGUACCUCUGGAACUACAUGCUGGUUACAAAUAAUGAGCAUGUUGUUAUCAUUCAGUCAUUUAUUGGAAGCCUGCCACAAUAUAAACACGGUACUCUCCUCACACUACUAUAGAAUCAGUUUACAGUAAGUAGAGAUGUAUUUACUGUAAUCUCCAUUUUAGCCAGAGACUCAUUAAGCCUUAUGAGAUACAAUAUGUGCUUUAUUAUUUAGACACAUUUAGCCAUAUGUCCCUUUUUGGCUGUUAUAUAUAUCCCUCCCACCUUUCACAGCCAGUUUAAAUUUUUAGAAAGCAGGUGAAACGGGAUGUUUAUUUUCAUUAACAUCAAUUUAGGUCCUAAACUUCUAUCAGACGUGGAAUGUGGGUAAUUGAAUUAAAACUGUAUGUUGCAAAUUGUUUUCUUUACUUUAAGUGCGGCCAUACAGCUGCACUCACUGUAGUAUAAUAUGUAGUAUAAUAUUUUUGUGAAAUGUUAUUCCGCGGACAUGACAGAAUCCACAUGCACUGUUUUACUAUAGAAUUUACUCUUUUUUUGGUUUCAUAUGCCAUAGACUCUGAAUUUUCCAGUUCUUUUUUUGUUUUUUUGUUUAUUUUGCUUUUUUUUUUUCCCUUUGGGAGAAAUAUGAGAUCUUAUAGAAAUGUAUAUGUCAUUUGUGAAUUUUUAAUUCCAUCUUGAAUUUUGAUUACUUGUUUUGUGUAGGCCUAAUUGAUAGUUCUGUGCCAGAUUUGCACUUUAUUUAGAAAAAUGUGGAUAUUCAUCAUAAAGAAAGAAAAAAUUACAUUAUGUUAAAAGUAGAAAGAUAAAACUUAGAAUCAAUAAGGAGUUUUGGAUUUUUGACUUUGAAAUGUGUGGCUGUUACUGUAAUAGUGACACCCAGUGUCUGUGAGGACAGGCGACUUACUCAAGUGAAAAUAAUAAAUACAGCGUAUCACUGCCUUAUCACAAGAUGGCACACACGUAUGCCUUUGUAUAGACUGAGAAAUUUGCGUCUUGCAGCAAUUGUUGCUUGCUGAUAUGAAGGGCUACUGUACUCAAGGAAACCUAGAUAGCCAUAUGUGUACAUGUAAAAAAAUGAUGCUUUUAGUCUUGUGUUGCAUUGUUUAACAUUCACUUACACAAUGUCUACUUUCAUCACAUAAUCCACCAUUUACAACAACACCUCUUUAUUUCCUGUAGCAUUUGUUACUCAGUUUAAAAUGCACAAAAUCACUGUAUCACAAGCUAUGGUACCAAAGCUCUUCUUAACGUUUACAAAUGUAUUUUUAUAUGUGUCAUUUUAUAUGUUGUAAAUGUGACAAUAAAUGUGUAUUAUCAUAGUAUAA